UUUUACAAGGUAGGGAAACGUGGGUUUGAUAAAAUUGUAUAUUUCCAUAUUUAAAUUACACCAAUUUCUUUGAAAAAGUUAAUAAAAAAAAAAAAAAAUCUUUAUCUAUUAAUAUUACGAAGUUUAAUACAGUAAUAAUACUCCUAAUAAGUACUCCGUAGUUUGCAGUACAAUUGAUCUCCACUUAUUCAUAGAGUGUGUCCCCCGACAAUUCUGGUAAAGUGAGUUGAAGAAAAAUCUGGUCAAGUUUCUUCCAAACAAAAAGAGGAGAGAUAAUGUCUGAACAACCAGUUAACCUUCGAUGCCAGAGAAUCGGCUGCAAUGCUACCUUUACGCUCGAUCACAAUCCAGAAGGUUCUUGCGUUUUCCACGAUUCGGGACCUUUAUUUCAUGAUGGAAUGAAAGAAUGGAGCUGUUGCAAGAAAAAAAGUCAUGACUUUAGCUUGUUUAUGGAUAUUCCAGGAUGCAAAACGGGUAAACACACAACUGAGAAACCUGUGCUCACUAAGCCUGCCCCAAGAUCUAGGAACCCCACAGCUGUUCCUAGUCCCAUCUCAGCUCCUACAACAGCUACAUCAGCAAAAGAAACUUGCUCUAGAUGCAGGCAGGGAUUUUUCUGCUCAGACCACGGUUCACAGCCAAAACCUAAACCUGUGGUACCACAGGCGGUCACUGCUGCAGAAGUGACUGUAAAUGCUUCUGCUCAUCCCCGGAAGACAAUCAGCAUAACUGAGCCUCAAGUUUGUAAGAAUAAGGGUUGCGGUCAAACUUUUAAAGAGAUAGAUAAUCAUGAUACUGCAUGCAACCAUCAUCCAGGGCCUGCUGUUUUCCAUGACCGAAUGAGAGGAUGGAAAUGCUGUGAUGUUCAUGUGAAGGAAUUUGACGAGUUCAUGAGCAUUCCACCUUGCACUAAGGGAUGGCACAAUGCUGAUCCUUCAUCCUAGAAAACGUGUUUUUGCUCUUUCCCAUGAAGUUUCAUGACGAGUUGAUCAAAUUCAAACUACCUGACCUGCUUUGGGGGACUAACUGUUCUUGUAAUUUAUGUUUAGCUUCUGCCUUUUAUUUCAAGCUAUUCUUACCUUGAUUAGAUAGCAGUUUCAAACUUUUAAGAGGUUCUGCCGUGUUUGAUAGCAACAGCAUGGAAACCCAAACUGUGAAAAAUGAAUGCCUUUAUAGGCACAUUUAGUAGCUCCAACAUGUUUCGGGCAUGCCCCGAAUUGAGCAAUUUAUGCCUGUUGUAUGUUGUAAUAUCAAUUGCAGACAUGUCAAGCUGAAAAGACAUUUUCACGGAA